UCUCGCUGGUAUCGCUGGGUCGCACUGGCACUAGCCUCGGCUUGGAGGACCCGGAAGUCGCUUCUCUUUCCUUCCCUUCGAAGCCGGCGGUAAGAUGGCGGCAACGGUGGACUGCGACGUGAUGAUGGCGCCUGUAGAGCCGGAGAAGAGCGCAGAGGAGCAGGAGAGGGAGGCUGAAGUAUACAAAGAGAAGGGGAAUGCAUUCUAUUCCCAGAAGGACUACAAUGAGGCCUAUAACUACUACACAAAAGCGAUAGAUUGCUCAUGCAGGAAUGCUAGUUACUAUGGAAACCGUGCAGCCACCUUGAUCAUGCUGGGAAAGUUUCGGGAAGCGCUGGAGGAUGCUCAGCAAGCCGUUCGACUAGAUGACACCUUUGUGAAGGGUCAUCAACGAGAGGGAAAGUGUCACCUGACACUGGGAAAUGCAAUGGCUGCAUCUCGCUGCUUCCAAAAGGUUCUGGAGAUGGAGCCUAACAAUGAGCAGACCCGGCAAGAGCUGAAAAAUUCAGCAGCCGUUCUAGAAUAUGAAAGGAUUGCGGAAGUCGACUUUGAGAAACGCGAUUUUAGAAAGGUUGUAUUUUGCAUGGAUCGGGCCUUAGAGUUAGCUCCUGGCUGCCACCGCUUCAAAAUCCUUAAAGCAGAAUGUCUGGCGAUGCUUGGCCGCUACCCAGAUGCCCAGUCUGUUGCCAGUGACAUCUUACGGAUGGAUUCUACAAAUGCUGAUGCUCUGUAUGUACGAGGUCUCUGCCUCUAUUAUGAAGACUGUAUUGAGAAAGCUGUACAGUUCUUUGUACAGGCCUUGAAAAUGUUCCCAGAUCACCAGAAAGCUCGUUUAGCCUGCAGGAAUGCCAAGGCCUUAAAAGCAAAAAAAGAAGAGGGCAACCAGGCAUUUAAGGAGGGCAACUAUGAACUGGCCUACAGACUUUACUCAGAAGCCCUCAGCAUAGACCCCAACAAUAUCAAAACAAAUGCCAAACUGUACUGUAAUCGUGGCACUGUAAAUGCAAAGCUGAAGAAACUGGAUGAGGCCAUAGAUGAUUGUACGAAUGCCAUAAAACUGGAUGACACGUAUAUCAAGGCAUACUUGAGAAGAGCACAGUGUUAUACAGACACAGAGCAGUAUGAAGAAGCAGUCAGAGAUUACGAGAAAGUUUACCAGACAGAAAGCACAAAGGAACACAAACAUUUGCUUAAGAACGCACAGCUGGAGCUAAAGAAGAGCAAGAGGAAAGAUUACUACAAGAUACUAGGAGUGGACAAGAAUGCAUCUGAAGAUGAAAUAAAGAAAGCCUACAGGAAACGAGCGUUAAUGCAUCAUCCAGACCGACACAGUGGUGCCACCACUGAAGUUCAGAAAGAAGAGGAAAAGAAGUUCAAAGAAGUGGGUGAGGCCUUUACAGUCUUGUCGGAUGCUAAAAAGAAGGCCCGCUAUGACAGUGGGCAGGACCUGGAUGAAGACGGAAUGAACAUGGGUGAUUUUGAUGCCAACAAUAUCUUCAAGGCAUUCUUUAGUGGUCCAGGAGGCUUCAGCUUUGAAGCUUCUGGUCCAGGAAACUUCUUCUUCCAGUUUGGGUAACAGACACACGCACACCUGUUCCUCUCCAACCUCCGACCUGCCUCCCCUUCCUUUCCCUCAUAUUCCUCCUCUGUUCAAGUGUUUUAACCCAGAAAAAGGACUUUAUUUAAUCAGACUUCUCCACAAGCAUCAUUAUGUCUCUCUGUUUAUUAGAGAAGUGUUUUUUUUUUGUUUUUUUUUAAUGUUAUUUUGAAUCCAUCUCAGAAAUAAAUACCUCUCCUCCGUGUGCUCAUGUGAAGAAAAUUUUGAAUGCGGCAUGAAGUUUCAAAUAAAAUGUAAAACCUGACUAGAAA